AUGCCCAGAACACUUGAGCAGAGGCAAAUCGAAUGUAGGUUGACCAAGUGGCUGCCAAAUUGUCCGGCUUGGCUUCUCCCAGUCUUCCAGCGUCAUGCAGGCGCUCACGAUCACAUUGGGACUCUCCAGCCGCAGGGAUGGACGGGAUUGUGCACGAUCCUACGCGAUAUAGUACUUACUUGCUUGCUCCCUGAUAAGGGCGAUAAGAUACAGACAGAUCCAUAUCAAUGUCUCCCCAACAAAGGGUCUCCAGACAUGUCACAUGACCGCUCUCGUGACUUUUUCUCCAACAUUUCGGAGUACCAGUACCUGGUUACCACGCUUUUUUCGCGGGCGGGCAAGCCACCGCCGAGGUACCCUGGAGGAACGGUACCUCUAGCGGCCUUUGUCAUGGGUACGAGUACGGAGCUCUGGGUACCGGCGGUGGUGCCAUUGGUGCCAAUUGGCAAGCCGCCACCAAAGUGGCUCCGCCUGAACCCUGUUGGCUAG